GUGUUUACUUUCUUAGUUUCUGACAAAAACGUAUGGUUGCUUUUAUAUGUACAUACAUAGAGUGUUUCAUUUUGUUUAACAUUGCUCAUCGUAACCGUGUGUUGUUUAUUGGAAGUCGCUGCGUGGUACAGAGGUUAAUCCAAAGAAUAAACGAGACAGGCAAGCAGCAUCUCUCCUCUUCCUCCUUGCUAGUAGAAGGAAAAGACCUCCUCUCCCACCCCACUUACACACACCCUUCAAAGCUGAGCUUUUAUUACAGCUGUCUGUCUCCCAAACUCGCCCGUAUCCAAGCACUAUACCAUACCCUGCAGAGAGGUGGCAGGCCAAGGGUAUUGCACGUCAUGUAUCAGAUGGUUCAGGGGAAUGUCGCCGCCAGCCCUGUCAACCCCAAGCUGAAGCAGACCAAGGAAAUGCGGCCUCUGGUGGGGGCGAGCGUCCUGGGAGUGCUGCUGGUGCUCGCUGCGGUCGUGGCCUGGAGCUACUACACUGCCUCGCUGCGCAAGGCGGACCUGCUCAAGACCGAGCUGCUGGAUCUCAACCGCGAUGGCUUCGUCAUCUGGAACCGCCCGGGAGGGAAGAUUGUCUUCCGCAUGGACUUCAGGUCAGGGGCCCUGGACCUGGACUCGUGUUCGAAGGAAGGUAAGAUCCUGAGCUGCACCCAAUCUGAUGCUGGGAAGCUGAACUUUUUCAUCCAGACUGUGAAGCCCAAAGAGACUGUGAUGUGCUACCGCGUGCGCUGGGAGGAGUUUUCAGAGCGUGAGGUGGAGCACGCCAUGUCCUAUAAGGGGGCGCACUGGUAUGGGGGUGCUGAAACCAGCACCCAACACUGGCCCAUCUUGAUCUCUGGGUUGCAGCCUCCUAAACCGUUUCUGACGAGCGACAUCUACUCUAGCCGUGAUGCUUUUGGGGGAAUCCUGGAGAGGUACUGGCUCUCCUCCAGCGCGACCGCAAUCAAGAUCAAUGACUCUGUGCCCUUCCACCUGGGCUGGAACGCUACAGAGGAGACCCUCUACUUCCAAGCCAGAUACCAGAACACCCCCUACAAGCCUGCCCCUGGGCAGGAACCAUUCCCAGAGCUGAGUUACCGUGUCUGUGUCGGGUCUGAUGUGACCUCCAUCCACAAGUACAUGGUUAGGAGGUACUUCAACAAGCCCACCAAGGUGCCCGCGGAAAACACUUUCAAAUACCCCAUCUGGUCCACCUGGGCCAUCUACAAGUCUGGGAUCGACAGGGAGAAGCUCCUGAGAUACGCGGAGAACAUCAAGAAGAACAACUUCAACUGCAGCCACCUAGAGCUUGACGACCGGUACACCACUUACUACGGUGACUUCGAGUUCGACCCUGUCAAGUUCCCCAAUGCCACGGAGAUGUUCCAGAAGCUUAGGGACGACGGCUUCCACGUCUCCCUGUGGACGCACCCGUUCAUCAAUUACAACUCGUCCAACUUCGGCGUGGGGAUUGAGAGGGGCCUUUUUGUCAGGGAGCCCACGGGCCAGCUGCCCGCCAUGGUGCGCUGGUGGAACGGCAUUGGGGCCAUCCUGGAUUUCACCAACCCGGCUGCACGUGACUGGUACCUGUCCAAUUUGAAGGACCUCAAGUCCAAGUACGGGGUAUCUUCCUUCAAGUUCGAUGCCGGCGAAACCAGUUACCUCCCUGAGCAGUUCAGUACUUUCACCCCGCUGCCCGACCCCAGCUACUUCACGCGGCGCUACACAGAGAUGGCCAUGCCUUUUUACGAACGUGCUGAGCUGCGAGUGGGUUACCAAUCGCAGAAUAUCUCCUGCUUGUUCCGCAUCAUUGACCGGGACUCCGUCUGGGGAUUUGAGCUGGGCCUCAAGUCCCUCAUCCCUACAGUGCUCACCAUAAGCAUCCUGGGGUACCAGUUCAUCCUGCCGGACAUGAUCGGGGGCAACGUCUACCCCAACCGCACCGACGGCUCUGGUGAGCUGCCGGACCGGGAGCUCUAUAUCCGCUGGCUGGAGCUGUCUGCAUUCAUGCCCUCCAUGCAGUUCUCCAUCCCACCCUGGCACUACGACAAGGAGGUCAUCGAGAUUGCACAGAAGUUCACAGCUUUGCACGAGACCCUGGUGGCCCCCCUGGUUCUGGAGCUGGCGGGGGAGGUGUUGGAUACCGGGGACCCCAUCAUCCGGCCCCUCUGGUGGAUCGCCCCCAACGAUGAGAAUGCCCACGUAGUCGACUCGCAGUUCCUCAUUGGGGACACCCUCAUGGUGGCUCCCGUGCUGGAGCCUGGCAAGCAAGAGAGGGACAUAUACCUCCCCAAAGGCAGGUGGCGGAGUUACAAAGGGGAGCAUUUUGAUAAGACGCCCCAGCUGCUCACUGAUUACCCCAUCGAUCUGGAUGAGAUUGCUUAUUUCACGUGGAUGUCGUAGGGAGUUUUUGCUGACUGUUUUUAUUGGAGUCAAAAAGUACUGAAAAGAGAAACGCACAAACACACAGAGCAAAGGUCAGUGUUUCUGUUUACUGGCAGGCCUACUGUGUCUUCAUUAACAAUCUAGUUGAAGUUCCUUAUUUUUGUUAGUGAAAUAUCUUUAGCCCUGAGGUCCAGUCUGUAACCCAUAGUAUGUGUGUGUUUGUUUUGCUUUACCUUUUUCUUAAACACUUUUCAUACAGCAGUCAUUGAGAACAAUUGAAUGCAUUAUGAUGCUGAACUUCCCAUAACUUGCACUGGUUAUACCUCAAUCAUGCUUACUGAAAUAGUAUUUUAUUAUAUAUCUAUCUAUUAUUAUUCAAUCUUUUCCUGUCAGCAAUUACUUAAAACACCACCCACUGUAAUAAGUGAUCAGUUCAUAGCAGAUUCUCAGAAGAGCGGGAUUGCUGACAGCUGAUUGUUUUAUUCACAGAACUCAUCUAAGUAGUUAUAGAAUUGUUACUGUUACAGAUUAUUUCAGACCUGUGUAAUAACGGGGAUAUUAUUUCUUGUACUUCUACCUGGGGGUAUAAUAUCUGCAUUGGCAUAACAGGUUGUGUGACUGUGUUCAGGUAGGAGACUUUAUUUAAGCUUAAAGCACUAGAUCAAAUUACCUAUGGUCCUUGACCUGCCUUGCAGUAGGAGAUGGGUGUUGUGUUGUGUUUGGAUGGGGAAUUUGGUUUUCCCUGUAUCCACUGGACAAAAAAGUUGUCGCACUACGCUAGCUGCAUCACAGAGCAGAUCUCUGUUGUAGAAAAGCUCCAGCUGGACUUUGUCUCUCUCCUGAGUUUGUUAAUGUAAAUAAUUACCCUUUUAAGAAAGAUUGAAAUUUAAAUCUUCACUAAAUAUGUAAAACUCUGAGAGAGGGAAAGUUUAGUUAAAAAAAAAAUAAUAAAAUUACAAAACAUGCACGUAAAAAUGAAUAAAAGAAAAAAUCUAAAGUGUGGUUGUAUAUUUCAGAUACUAACAUUUUUGCCCAAAUUGCACCUAUAUUUAUCCUUUUUAUACUGUGAAUAAAAAUAACUAUUAUAAGCUGUCUUUAUAACCAUACCAUACCAUACAUUACAAUACACAGUCACAUAGUGCCGUCGCCUGUAAGCAUUCAGCAUCACCAUCAUGUUGCUGAAUGCUAAGUUCUGUGGAAGGUUUGUGCAGUGCCAUUGUUUCUCAGGGUUCUUUUGCUGUGUUUUAUGACCCUGGUUGUUUAACUUAUAAUUUCUUCCUUGUGCCUCCUCACCUACCAAGACUUGUAAUCCUUUAUGGGGAGGAGGUAAGGAUGGAUAAUGGGGGCGGGUUGGGGUGGAGGGAAAUGCCUUUUUUCUUUUGAGUAAUGAUUUACAGAUUGUAAGUAUAUAGUUUUGUGGAAAUAAGUUGUCAAAUGGACUUUACAGCAGGAUUCAAUAAGGGAGUAACAGAAUACCAAAUAUUGUAAUGUGUCUUUGUAAAGAAUGCUGGGGUUGGUUGAUGCAGGAGUGCACUGAUUCUGUCUUUUGAUCUGGUUUGUCUAGUUUUUUUAAUUCACUUUUGAACCCGGCUUUGCUCUCUUCCAUCGCCCUGGAUACCAGAAUAACUAAGGCUGUAAAGGUUUAAAUGAUAAAGCAGAAAUAUGAAUCUUAAAAGGCAUAUGGUACUUUACUAAACAUUUACCCAGAUAUGUACUGUCUAAUGGGAAUAUUGCAUUGAUUCAGAUGUUUCAUCUUGAUGCACUGUAGAACACUACAAUUGGAUACAGCGUGCGGAAAUCAAUGUAAAAUGAGAAGUAAACACAAAAUAAAAAUAGAGAGAACUAUAAAUAGUAAAUCAAGUACUUUUGUCAGAAAAUGUAUAUCGUUGAGGAUGUCAGUAUUGGUUUCAAUUCAAUAAAACACAUGUGAGUUUGUUACCUGUACGCUGGGUAAACAGCUGUUUAAACAAAAGGUUUGAACGUUUAAUCUGCUCCACACAGAUUUACAGCCUUAAGAAUGUCAUGGUGUGGGGGUGAGGUGGACUGCUCAGUAAACUAUUUGAAGCAUAACUUUGUUUUAAAGAGUAGCUAACAAAAUAAAUCUUCCCUGUCAUGCCCUUCCUUUGUUGGAAAGAAACCGGACAUCACAGACCUGUGUUUUAAAACGUCACAUUUGGUAGUUGACCAGGUGAAACUAAUUUCUCGGUUUGCUUAACUUCCUUUCAGCAGUAUGUUACACUUGCACUGCCUGGGUCAUUGCAGCGAUGUCUCCUGCAUUCCAAGCAUGUUGCUGCUCAAAGCAGCAUCUGAAAGCAAGCCUGCAGCUGGGCGUUUCUUAAACAUGUAAAAAAAAAAAUUAAAAAUAUGUUUGUUAAAACACAGAUUUAUUUGUGUAGUUAUGAAAUGUAUUUAUUGUAUUAUUUUGUUAGCUACUGUAUCAGGGAGGAGGCUGGGUGCGAGCCGGCAACCACACAAACUGUAAGCGACCAUCUUAAACACUGUACAAAAGAGCUGGGCUCAACUGCAUGUGUAGUUAUAGAGCUUUUAACCUCGUCUCAUCUCACUGACGGGACAGAAUCCGGAACGUUAGUGCGUCACGCAUCAUUGUCUGUUUUACUAGCCACGUUAAUGGUAACAUUAUAUUAGGGGCUGUGAACAACCGCAUUUAUGUCAGUUGUUUAUGACCAUAGAAGUUACGUUAAACGGUGUUAUCUGUUAUGUAUUGUUUGCUUGAGAAGAUAACGAAGAUAUGUAUUUAUUUUUUUAUGUGAUUUAACACUUUCUGGAUUUAUUUCUUGUAAGAUAGAUAAAGUAUGGAAGGUUGAAAAGCAAAAAGCUAUAAAACACUUCAUCGUAAACGUAUAACAAUAUUACAGUAAAUCAGGAAAAUAAAUUCUAACAUACUAAAAUAAAAUGUGGCCCACGAGCUUUUACUAGAUUAGUCUCGGCAUGCGUGGCUGUCUCAGCUACCAGGGAAUGGAUUUAAUAAAAAAGAGCCUGUUCUUCAGCUGUUCAUUGGAGACAUCCAAUCAGACUCUCAGGUAUCACAGCAUAUGUGUUGGAAAUCACAGGCUUCUAGAAUGUUGACAUCAUUCUAGAAGCCCUUAAAAAAAGGUUCCUUAUUUGCUGAGUGUCUGUCUGUCCAUCUCUGUCUGUCUCGCUUUGCAUGGUGAAAGCAAUAACAAUUUUGCACCUCAAUCUUAACAAAACUUUUUUCACACACCUAUCCUAGCCUCCUAUAGACAUACUUUAAAAUAUCUUGAAGUGAUUGAGUACCCACAACAUGUGCCUGAGUGCUGCACUAAACAAUUAUUCAAUUAUUCAGAUAAGCUCUCUUCAGCUGAGGGUCAUUUGUGUUGACUGGGUUAAUUUAGCAAUCCAAGUAAAAAAAAAAAAAAAGUGAAGAAACAGCUGCUUGGGUUUGUAUCGUUUGCUGUUUUCCACAGAGUCAGAUAAAAGCAGAUGUUACUUCACUUGUUAAAACUGGAAUGUUGAAUUAGCCUAGUCAGCAUCAGUGACCCUCACCUGUGUAGAGCUUGAUUUGAAGAAGUGUUUUGUGCAGCUCUGUGUUGCACUGGUUGUUUUGUGCAGCUCUGAUGUGUUGCACUGGUUGUAUUGUGCAGCUCUGAUGUGCUGCACUGGUUGUAUUGUGCAGCUCUGAUGUGCUGCACUGGUUGUAUUGUGCAGCAGUGUGCUUCUCCUUCUAUAGUACUUCUUACUAAGAUUGCAGGAGUGCUAAAUCAGCGCUGUGUUUUGUUUUCAUUGAAUCCUCUUCUAAAUAAUUAAUUUAGCAGAAAUGCUCACAACAGAAGUACUGUGAAUCAGGUCAAAUGUCUCAAGUUACGCCAGUGCAUGUUAAGAAGCCGCCAUGUAACAUGCAGUGGAUACUGGCCAGAGCAGCUUAAUGUCAUCUAAAAUGUCUUUAAAAUGUUGUGAUUAAAAUAUAUACUAGACAAGGUACUUGUUAUUCAUACAUCUUGCGUACAUUUGUAAUUUAUAUACAUAUUUCGCAUCCUGCAGGUAACUUUCUUUUGUAAUGGGGGGGAAACAAGAAAAACAUUUGCACUAAAAAGAUAAUUAAUCUGUUUAAUAUUAUACUUGUGCUUCCAUUGCUGACAAUAUUUAAUUCAAGUUAAUCAAAAACAUGCACUGUGAACAAAAUCUAAACUGUCGUCUAGUUCUAUGCCUAGAGUAGUUUAAAGUGUGUUUGUAUUACAAUUGUUGAUGUGUGUCGGGACUAGAUUUUUUAAUUAAGCUUUUCCUUUUAAAUUGUUAAUCAUUUGAUUUGCAAUUAAACAAAUACAUAAAUUACUAUAAAUAUGGUAUUGUGCACUAUGUAUUCUGUCCCUCUACUGUUGGCCCUAUGUUUUCAGUUUAUAGCAAUUUUUGACAAAAGAAUUGCUGGGGUGAAUUAUGUUUAUAUAGAUUAAUCACCAACAUUUUGAACCCCCAUAACAUAAGAAAACUCCUGUAAAUGCAAAAAAAUACUUCUAAAAUGUGUGUGUGUCUCUCUCUCUCUCAUAUAUAUAUAUAUAUAUAUAUCAUUUUAAAAAGGUGCUUAGCAAUGCUGUUGUCAUAGCAUGGGUGGUGGCAUCAGGUCACUUGAGUUUUUAGUCUAACUUUAACCAAACUAUGUGAUGGAAAAAUGGAAUUUGGAAUUAAAAUCCCAAUUCUAUGGUGCUGGAAGCCUUAUCAAUGUUAUUAAUGUUAUUCUCUUGUUUUUGGAAAACAUGUGCAUGUAAUAAAUGUUUAUGGUAGGCAGAUGAUUCCAAAUAUUCUGAAGGGCAUGUCCUAUUAUUUGAAACAGUUGGUAUUCAAUAAAGACUUGCGUAAACAUG